AGAACCAUCAGCAACGUCUUCUUCGCGAUAUGUUGUUGAUGGAGUGUUAGCGAGCCAAUUGUUAGGGGACGGCUUUUCGUGUUUUAAUCUAAAAUGGCUGUCGGCAAAAAUAAAAAUCUCAAACCCGGGAAAAAGGGAUCUAAAAAGAAAGCCAUUGAUCCCUUCACCCGCAAGGACUGGUAUGAUGUGAAGGCCCCUGGCAUGUUCACCAACCGUCAGGUUGGCAAGACGCUUGUCAACAGGACACAAGGAACAAAGAUCGCCAGUGAAGCCCUGAAGCACCGCGUCUUCGAGGUCUCCCUUGCUGACCUGCAGAACGAGUCUGAUGCUGAGCGCAGCUUCCGUAAGUUCCGCCUCAUCUGUGAAGAUGUCCAGGGCAAGAAUUUGCUUUGCAACUUCCAUGGCAUGGACCUGACUACGGACAAACUUCGUAGCAUGGUCAAGAAAUGGCAGACUUACAUCAGAGCCUUCACUGACUGCAAGACCACCGAUGGUUAUUUUCUCCGCGUUUUCUGCAUUGGAUUCACUGAGAAGAUGAAUAACCAAGUGAAGAAAACUUGUUAUGCUCAACGCAAGCAGGUUAAAACCAUCCGCCGCAAGAUGGUGGAGAUCAUGAACCGCGAGAUCUCUCAGUGCGAGCUCAAGGAACUGGUGGGCAAGCUUAUUCCCGACACCAUUGCUGACGACAUCAGGAAGAGCUGCAACUCUGUUUACCCUCUUAAGGAUGUCUACAUUCGUAAGGUAAAGGUGCUCAAGAAGCCGCGCUUUGAAGUGAGUCGUCUGCUUGAGAUUCACGGUGACCAGACGCCCGUGGUGACCGCCGCGAUGGAGGAGAUGGGCCUUCCUGUAGACCGGCCCGACAACUACGAGCCUCCCGUGCAGGCGUCCGUCUAAUAAACGGCUACACGUUGA